AUGCAGGCAGCCCCGCAGCGAGUACUCGCACACCUGCGCACAACGCUUCACACCGCCCUCGCCCGGCCAGCGCUGCCCUCCGCCCUCGUCUCCUCCUCAUCGCCCUCGCCCCGUCUUUUGCACACAACCGCGCCAGCCCACGCCCGCGCCAAGCCGCGCGCCGCGUCCGGCAAACCCAAGCGCGACGUCACGCUGUACGGAAGGUCGGAGAUCCACCGGGCGCCGUUGUCGAGGGAUCAGUGGCCCAAGCGGGAGGAGACGGACACGAGCAACCACCCGCUGUGGAGGUUCUUCCAUGACCAGGUGGCGCUCGAGGUGCCGGACAAGGCCAAGGACAUGUCUGGCCGCGCAUGGAAGACCGAGGAGCUGCGCAUCAAGUCCUUCGAGGAUCUGCACAAGCUGUGGUACAUCCUCCUGCGCGAACGGAACGUCCUCUUGACGCAGAAGGAGGAGGCGCGUCGGGUCCGUAUCGACUUGAGGGGCUUCUCGAUGGUGCACGAGAACCUGCACAAGUGCCGCAAGUCGAUGGCGCGCAUCAAGGGUGUCCUCGCCGAACGCCGCAACGCCGCUCUGCAAGCCGCCCAAAUCCUCCGGGAGCGCGAAGACUCCGUGCGGAACGCAGAACUGGAGGAGCAGCGCGCGCGGUCCGAGGCGGGUCGGAAGCGGCAGAGGGAGAAGGCGCAGUCGAAGGUUGGCGCGCUCCUGGAGAGGAGGAGGCAGAACAAGGGUCGGAGGGCGAGGGCUAGGGCGGCGGCCGCGGCGGAGGGAGCGGCGACGGCACAGGAGGGGAAGCCUGCGACGCAGAUCUUCGAGCCGGGCACGGGUGGGUUGACGGAGUCGCUCGCCGAGGAGCAGGCACGGGUGCGGUAG